AUGCAAGAUUAUUUGGAUGGGGCUACCUUGCACUCUCACAUUUUGGGUUUAUGUAUAAUAAUCUGCGAUGAUGUAACAAAACAGUCUUUGUUUCAGGUUACUGAUCAUGCCACAACUGCCCUUCUGCAUUACCAGUUGCCUCAGAUGCCAGAUGUAGUGGUCCGAUCUUUCAUGACCUGGUUAAGAAGUUAUAUCAAGCUGUUUCAGGCUCCUUGCCAACGCUGCGGGAAGUUUUUACAAGAUGGCCUGCCACCCACAUGGAGAGAUUUCCGUACUUUGGAGGCUUUUCAUGAUACCUGCCGCCAGUAG